AUGGAGCCGAAAGCAUCAGAGAAUUCGGAGCAUCCCAGACGUGAUCGUAUAGUCAUGAAGACCCUGCUGGCGAUUGCUUGCCUGGUCGCGGUCGUCGCGACUUUAGAGGGUGACAGGCUCACAGUCACUGAACAAGUGUACCUAGACAUCAUGAUUGACGAUCAUCCGGCCGGGCGAAUCGUGGUUGGCCUCUUCGGGGACAUUGCUCCCAAAACAGUGCAGAACUUCAUCGGUCUGGCGACUACUGGCGUGGCCGGGAAAACGUACAAGGGUAGCAGAUUCCAUCGUGUGAUCAAGAAGUUUAUGAUCCAAGGUGGGGAUAUCGAAAACGGUGACGGCACUGGAUCCAUCAGCAUUUACGGUAAAUACUUCGAUGAUGAGAAUUUCAACGUGGGUCACAAUGGACCCAUGUUUGUUAGUAUGGCGAACGGUGGAGAGAAUUCGAAUGGCUGUCAAUUUUUCAUCACCACCAUUCCCACGCCGUGGUUAGAUGGAAAGCAUACAGUGUUUGGAAAGGUUGUCGAUGGCGAGGAUGUAGUCUUUAAGAUCGAACAGGUGAAGACUGAUGCUGACGACUUUCCGGUGAAACCUGUUAUUAUAUUCGAUUCUGGUUCUCUUCCUACAGCUUCGCGAUUUACAGUGGCCGAUAACAAUAGCUACAAUAUAUGGUCAUGGGUCAAAGCGACUUCUGUGCCUCUAGGAUUCAGUUUCGCGAUUCUCGGAUUCUUCCAUUACAUGAUGAAGCAACUAGACGUUUAA